UCCUCUGCUCCCCUGCCCCCUCCCUGUCCUCCCGCUCCCCCAAAACCGACGCGUCUUCACUUGGUCUUUCUCUCAAACUCGAAUCCUUCAUGUUUUCCUCGGCAUCACGCGCGCUUCCUUCGUGCGCACGUCCCAGCGAUGUUGUUGAAGUACGUCGUCCGGCAUUCUCGCGGUGGUCAGGCGGCAUGGACACGCCUGGAUGGAAGAGACAAGGUGGAUGAUGAGCAGCGUCAAUGCGAAAUGGUGAAAGGCGAUUCUCUCGAUGGUUCAACGGUUCGUAGACGACGCAGGGACCCUUCAAGCUUUCAAUUAGAAUGUGCUGCUGCUACACGCCGUUCCAUAUGCACGCCCACAAACACGGAGGAGAGGAGGAUACUUUUUGUAAAUAGUAAUGUGCAUAUAUUCAAAACGUAUAUUUUUAGAUGGUAUCUUUGGCAAGCACGCCGUACCUUCUUCGACAAUUGUGGACGUCGCGGUGCGGUACACCAGCGACACGUCUGUUCGAACCUCGCGCUCGCGUCGCUACAACGACGGGUCUCGCUGCCUCCUGAAGUACCCCGGUUUGACCUCCUCAACCCAAGAAAUUAACGACGAAGAAAUGCAGAAUAACGCUGGCAAAAGCAAAGUCUGCAAACGCUCUAUAUGCGACUCAUUAGUCUGU